CGCCACGUCCGGAUAUUGUGCGUGACAGACAGUAGGCUUUGAGCCUGCGCUCUGCAGUAAAGUACCGGGAGGUAGGGAUGCCCAAAAAGUUCCAGAGUGAAAACACCAAGUCUGCUGCUGCCCGUGCCCGCAAGGCUGAGGCGAAAGCCGUGGCAGAUGCCAAACGUAAAAAAGAAACGGAGGAUGCCUUCUGGCAGGAUGAUGACAAGCAUGUCGUUCGCAAAGAACACAGGAAGGAAGAGAAAGAAAAAAAGCGUUUAGAGCUAUUAGAAAGAAAGAAGGAGAGUCAGCGAUUGCUAGAUGAGGAGGAUUCCAAAAUGAAGGGGAAGCCAACCAAACCUGCAGCACCCUCAAAGGUGACACGGGCGCAGAUUGAGGAGACUCUAUGUAAAGAAGAAAAGCACAAAGAUGCCCCUGAAAAACCCAAGACUCACCUAGAAAUUCCACUAGAGGAGAACGUGAACCGUCGAGUUCUGGAAGAAGGUGAAGUGGAGGCCAGAACAGUAGAAGAUGCCAUUGCUGCUUUGAGCAUUGGCAAAGAGCUUGACCGUCACCCUGAGCGCAGGAUGAAAGCUGCUUUUACAGCCUUUGAGGAAAUAAAUAUGCCCCUGCUCAAGCAAGAGAACCCCAAUAUGCGGCUGUCCCAGCUAAAGCAACUCUUAAAAAAGGAAUGGAUGAAGUCUCCAGAAAAUCCAAUGAACCAGAAGUAUGCCACAUACAAUUCACACUAACACAUUCUUGCCCCACAACUCAUCCACUUAUUAAUUUGUAGAACUGCCGGCAAGGGGGAAAUAGCUGAACUCACCCCUUCAAGAAGGUAGGUAUUUGUGGAAGAAUUAAUGGUGUCUGUUGUACGCAGACAAAGCAGAAAAACUAUUCAACGUUGUGGGAUCCCAUAAUGCAUUUUGGAGCAAGUAACAAAUAUUGAUCAACGUGUGCCAAAUGGCUGGCCAAGGAAAAUAACUCCAACUGGACUGAAAUGACUAAACAGAAUGCUUUUUGCAGGAGGAAGCUGGGUAGUGGUCAGAGUAUUAAUGCUUUUCUUACCAGUACACUCUAGCAUGAAAAGAUUUAAAAGGGUCAUUUAAAAGUUUUGCUCCACUGUCCCUGAAAUGAAUUGGGGGUUGUGAUGUUAUUUAAUAGGAAUGCCGGUGUGACUAUGUUUAACAAACACAUUGUACAAGUGGAUGCCAUUUAUUUAACCCUGUAGCUAUGUGUUGGGCUGUUUACAGAAGGGAUAAAUAGCUGCCUUUUUCUGGGAUAUGUGCAGUGGUAUGACAUACAGUAGAAAACGGCAGUGUACAAUUAUAGUCUUUGCGCCACCCGUGUAUCAUGAAACAUUAAGACAUAUUUAUUAAAUUGUUUUAAUACCUAUUCCAUAUUUAAUUGGGACGUUAAGGGACAAAUCAUGAUAUUGCUAUUUCGUAUGCAUGAAUAAAUCUCAUUUGAAGUAUGCAGCCAUCUUUUUUCAAACGGUUUUGAAUUCAUGUCUGUCCUCACUUCAUAGCUGUGUCUUAUACCUAUCAUGUUCCCUAGCCCCAGAUAGUCUGACAUUUAAUUGAGUCAUCUAUCAGAAUGCUGUAGGUAGGGCAUUUAAAAAAAAAAUUGAGGCUGAUACAUCAACAUGUGAGAUUAGAGUUCACCACAGAAAAAUUCGCUCACUUUCUAUUCAUUCCUAUGGGAUUUUUAGAAUUGAUAACCAAUUGAUAAUUUUAAAAAUCCCAUAAGAUUGAAUAGAAUGUGGGUGAAGUUUCUUUUGUGAUGAACGCUAACCUCACAUUUUAAUGAAUCUGCCCCAAGUUAGUGCUGCAACAGGGAAGAAGAGCUGACUUUUGCUACAUUGUCCGAGGCAGGAAUACAGAAAUGUAUAUUGAAAAGUUGGUUGUUUUUUUUUUGUUUAAUUUGGCAAAAUACUAUUUCUGUGUUUACAUCCCAGUAAAAAUCAAGUGCCCAAAAGAACAGCAAUGUUUU